CGCGCCGAAUCCAAGUCAGCGUCUCGGCGAGGGGGCGGCCACACGCCCGGGCGCACACAAGUGAGCGGGUCUGUCCGAGUGGAGGGAAGCGCCGCGCGUCGAGCGUGGUCCGCGCUGGAGGAGGCAUCGCGAGGAGCCAGCAUCUGUGACUCCGCGGGGAUUUCUACUCGCGAGGGCGCUUCCACCCGAGACCGCGGGCUACUCCGCGUGGAAACAUGCCUGUGAGAAGAGGACACGUUGCGCCACAGAACACCUUCCUCGGAUUGAUCAUUCGGAAAUUCGAGGGUCAGAACCGGAAAUUUGUGAUAGCCAAUGCCCGGGUGGAGAACUGCGCAAUCAUAUACUGCAACGAUGGCUUCUGUGAGAUGACCGGCUUCUCGAGACCCGACAUCAUGCAGAAGCCGUGCACCUGCGACUUCCUCCACGGUGACCUGACCGACAAGGAGGCCAUCGGCCAGGUGACCCAGGCUUUGCUGGGGUCCGAGGAGCGCAAGGUGGAGAUCACCUACCACCGCAAGGAUGGAACUGACUUUCAGUGUAACACUCACAUUAUCCCAGUGAAGAAUGAGGAGGGCGUGGUGAUGAUGUUUAUCUUAAAUUUUGAUUACGUUCUGGAUGAGGGAAGUGACAGCUCCACAGAGAAGAUAAGCCCCGAAUCGCCUACAAAGUCAGACCAAAGGAGGAGUAGAUUCUUCCGCUUCCGCCAGGCCGCUUUUAGCCUAAUGAAUACAAAGCAGUCUCUUCCGCAAGAGGACCCAGACGCCGUGAUGGUGGACUCACCCAAAGAGAAUGAAGACUCAGUGGCCCUACAGACCUUCCCCUCACCCACCAAGAGCAUUUGCAGUCCCAUUGAGGCAAAUGACACGCAUGCCCUCAUAAGCUCAAGUCACCAUUCUUCCCAAGCUAGCGUCGGUCCUGAACCACUCGACCAUUCAUCCCCGAAACUCCCCUGGGAGAAGCUGUACCAGACAGAGACGCACCAGUCCUCUUCCUCCCUGUCAAACACCUUCCCCAGAGGCAGCAUCAACAGCAUGAGGCGAGCCUCAUCUGUCCAUGAGAUUGAGACCUACAGCUCCAAUUCCAAAGGAUUAUUCAGGGAUCGGCACACGAGUGAAGGCCCUUUUAAUCACGUCAAGUCCAGCCUGCUUGGCUCUACUUCUGAUUCGAACAUCAACAAGUACAGCACCAUCCACAAGAUCCCUCUGAUUGCACUCCACUUCUCUGAGGGGACUGAUAAAAAGACUCACUCUCCGCCGACAUCUGAGCAAACCAUCAUCGCACCAAAGGUCAAAGACAGAACUCACAACGUCACCGAAAAAGUCACACAGGUCCUGUCACUCGGAGCUGAUGUGCUGCCAGAGUACAAACUCCAGACAGCCCGCAUCGACAAGUUCACCAUCCUCCACUACAGCCCCUUCAAAGCCGUGUGGGACUGGCUGAUCCUGCUGCUGGUCAUUUACACAGCAAUCCUCACUCCCUACUCUGCUGCUUUUCUUCUCAAUGACCAAGAGGAGCAGAAGAGGCGUGAAUGCGGGUACUCCUGCAGUCCUCUUAAUGUAGUGGAUUUAAUGGUGGACAUUAUGUUCAUCAUUGACAUCCUCAUAAACUUCAGGACCACUUACGUAAACCUGAACGAGGAGGUGGUCAGCCAUCCAGCUAAGAUAGCAAUCCAUUACUUUAAAGGCUGGUUCCUUAUAGACAUGGUGGCAGCAAUCCCCUUUGACCUUCUUAUCUUUGGCUCAGGAUCAGAUGAGACUACCACUCUGAUAGGCCUGUUGAAGACAGCUAGGCUCCUGCGAUUGGUGCGUGUCGCCAGGAAGCUGGACCGCUACUCUGAAUAUGGAGCUGCCGUCCUCAUGUUGCUCAUGUGCAUCUUUGCCCUCAUUGCCCACUGGCUAGCCUGUAUAUGGUACGCCAUUGGCAAUGUGGAGAAGCCCUACUUAGAACACAAGAUUGGCUGGCUAGACAAUCUGGGCGUGUCCAUCGGAAAGAGAUACAACUACAGUGAUCCGAGCUCUGGUCCCUCUAUCAAGGACAAGUAUGUCACGGCACUUUACUUCACCUUCAGCAGUCUGACCAGUGUGGGCUUUGGAAAUGUGUCCCCAAACACCAACUCUGAGAAGAUCUUUUCCAUAUGUGUCAUGUUGAUUGGCUCCCUCAUGUAUGCCAGUAUUUUUGGAAACGUCUCUGCCAUCAUCCAGAGGUUGUACUCCUCUACGGCCCGUUAUCAUGCUCAAAUGUUGCGGGUCAAGGAGUUCAUUCGCUUUCACCAGAUCCCCAACCCGCUGAGACAAAGGCUGGAGGAGUACUUCCAACACUCGUGGACCUACACCAAUGGCAUCGAUAUGAACACGGAGGUGUUAAAAGGUUUUCCCGAGUGCCUGCAGGCAGAUAUCUGCCUUCACCUCAACAAGAAUCUCCUUCAGGACUGCAAAGCGUUCCAGGGAGCCACCAAAGGCUGCUUGAGGGCCCUGGCCAUGCGCUUCAAAACCACCCAUGCCCCUCCCGGAGACACGCUGGUCCACAGCGGUGAUGUGCUCACUGCGCUCUACUUUCUGUCCCGCGGCUCCAUCGAGGUCCUGAGAGAUGACAUUGUGGUAGCCAUCCUGGGAAAGAAUGACAUCUUUGGAGAAAUGAUCCAUCUGUUUGCCAAGCCUGGAAAGUCCAGCUCUGACGUGCGAGCUCUAAGCUACUGUGACCUGAGCACCAUUCAGAGGGAAGAGCUGCUGGAGGUGUUGGACAUGUACCCAGAGUUCGCUGACUGCUUCUUCAACAACCUGGAGCUCACCUUUAACCUCCGAGAUGAGUCUGGCCAGCCCUCCGGCUCCCAAGACUGUGACUCAGAUGGCGAGGGCCCUCAAACCAUGAAAAGAAGAAUCUCCUUCCCACCAGAUGUAUCUAAAGGCCAGUUGAACCUAAUCUGCACAGGGGAAAACGCGGAUGAAGACGUAGGAAGAGAGAGGGAGUCUAACUCGUGCCUCAAGAGUUGUUCAGGAGUCCUGGGUCCCUCUUCGCCCAAUCCCCCAGUCCUCAAUUCAGAUCUUAUUGUCAGAGAGAAGACGGAUAGAAACGCAUCUUUUGAAGAUCUCCGCUGUGAUAAAUGGGCCUGUAAGAAGCCCACAGAAUACCUGGAUGAGUCAGCACAGUUCCAGGACCUGAGAGAGGACGAUAACUCUGCCAGCGAAAUCACCUAUGGAGAGGUGGAACAGCGCUUAGGUCAGCUCCAAGAGCACUUAAACAGGCUGGAGUCUCAUCUGAUGUCGGACAUUCAGACCAUCCUGCAGCUGCUACAGAGGCAGCCGACUCUGGGACCUCCAGCCUACAGCACUGUGACUGCCAGCCCAGACUAUCACAGACCUGCUGUGAAGGCUCAGCCAGUUGCACUGCCUGAAACCCACUUUUUCAGCCAUACGGGAAAUCAAGGCUCCAACAACAAACUGGACAGCGGCAUUCAGGAAUCCAAAGACUCUCUGUCGAGCUUGGCCAACAUGAAUGCACCCAUUGAGGACCGCCUUACAGCACUGCUUGUACAAAGACAGACAGAGCCACAACAGCAGCAGCAGCAGCAGAAACAACAGAUCCCAGGGCAUCAACAGUCUCCAUUGAUCCUUCUUCCAACUGAAAUCUCUUCCACGCCCUCCUCCUCCUCCUCAUCUCCUUCUGACUCGAAGCGCAACACCACUGGACUCCACAGACCCCCAGACCCAGAUUUUCCAGGACAAUAAACCUUUCAGCAGCACUUUGUUCUAAUAUCUGGGGUUGUAAUGCUGUAAUUACUAAGUAGCAACUUUUUUUUUAUCAGCAUGCUGGCACAGACAUCUGUAUUGUUUAUUUGCAAUGCCUUGGUAAUAGAGAUAAGAUUUUUUUUUGUUUAUUGUCAUGAUGCAUGUGGUUUAAACACCGUUCUCUGCAGUGAACAGCGUAAUAAGUGUUUCCUGCAGUUAUCAGUGUAGUAACAGUGGUUACAUAUUGUAAAAGUAGUUCUAACACCACUGGAGCCCUCUGAUCGAAUCUAUAACUCACUCAUGUUUCUCACUGAAAAUGUAGAUGCCAGACCAGUCAGGGGGAAACCUCUUCAGCCCAAUAGAGAUUGACCUCAUACAAGGAUAAAAAUUCCUCAAUCACAAAGUACGUCUUAAUAAAAUCUGCAUAAUCAACAGGGGUGCUGGUUAAAGGGCUCCACCUGGCUGCGCUGGAGCCCUACAACACCUAAGGAAGCAUUUAACCAAGCUUUAUAUUCCAAUGGGAUUAUAUUCUAAUGGACUUUGACGUCCUUCCUGUGACUCUGCUCCAGCAUUUAGGUCCCAACAUACAACUGGUCACAUUAGAGUGGACCACCAUGAUGAACACCGUACGACCCACUGGGUCUCAGUGCAUAGCACUGUUACAGACACAAGCACCAAUGCACAAGUCUUAUCAACGUCCUUGACCUUCAUAGAGAUGUUUUCCUCUCUCAGUCAUUUCUUGCAAAGUGAGAGGAGCUGACUGACCUACCUCACACUAAACUGGUAUCAAGGAUACAGGCAUUAGUCCAUCCUACCAUGUGGCUUUCUUCCUGGUGUCAGCUGUGGGUGCUGGGCAUGCUUGUUAAGGAUCCAGGAAGAGACCAAAAACCAUGGAUUUAUGGCAGGACUCUGCCUGAUAUGGACCAUGCUCAACACCCUCAUCACUGUUGAACAUGGUAAUUGCAGUUAGAGCUAAUAAGAGUCUAAAGCCCACAAGCGAUACAUAUACAGACGCUUUCUUUUGGGGGAACCUGAGCAUGCAUGUUGACAUAGUACACAAAUCAUUUUCUGCAGCUUUUAGUGUAAUACAGCAUUAUUACAAAGGUGUGAGAACAGUUUUUCUUAUCUUUAGCUGUAUGCCUGUCUUCUCUGAAGUGUGACUCAGGGGUUACGGUCAAUUGCACUGCAAUAUACAGUUCAGUAUCGAGCAUACUGUAGUUCCUCUUUAAACAAUGUGCAUUAUUUCUUCGGUCACUGUUGUGCACCUACUGUAUUACAUUAAGCCAACAGAACACACCAUACAUGCUUGUCCGGGGCAGACAUAAUAACAUGCUCUUAGCCCAGGGCUCGGCCUCUGACGAACAAGUAUGGUGUAGGCAUUUCUACAAGGCAGUGCAUUUGUUUUAUGUCUCUAUAUUUACUGUUUUGCACUGCUUAUGAGCCCAAAGUAGCACAUUCAAAUAUAAAAUGAUGUCAGCGCACUCAUUUAGGAUGCAUCUAGAGGGUGUGUUGGGGUGGGAUUCUGAACACAUGGGCAGUUAAUACUUGCGCAUAUACAGGCCCCAAAGGGGGUCUCGUGCCUAUACAAGCAAUCCAAAUGCUAAUCAGCAUCUUCAUGUAAACAGUAAGUAACCAUACGACGAGUCAUUUUAUUUCCCUUUACUGUUUUUUGUUGGCGAUGUACAUUAAAGAUAAUAUGUUGUUAGACAGUUGUUAGGAAACAAUACAUCGUAUUGCCAGAUGUAAAAAAAAAUGUAUUUUUUUUUACUGAGUAAAAUAUAUGAGAAACUCUUAGUUUACAGUAGUACAUAUGUUUGUUUUGAGGCUGUGGGAGCAAUAAAUUAAAACACGCAUACAGUUGUGGCAUCGUUUUUCCCC